CUUUCACAAAAUGUCUCCGUACGCAGUAACCGCUCAGCACCUGCCGAGGACAUCCACGCCUCUUCACCACGCGACUCGAGUUUGUGCACGUUGCGCAAAUCAGGCCGCUGGUCGAGCUCCCAGUGUCGACUUUCACUACACUUGAACGCGUUGCGCUCGCGCGCAGACCUUACCUGAUCCUCUUCACCAAUAACUAAUACUAAACAAACUUCACCAUGUGUGGAAUCAUUGCCGUCAUUCACGGUGACCCCAAAUCCUCGUCGGCAUCCGUAGAGAUCCAUGAUGCCCUAUAUCUGCUCCAGCACCGUGGGCAGGAUGCUGCUGGUAUUGUGAGCUGCAGUUCGGGAGGACGAUUUCACCAGUGCAAGGGAAACGGCAUGGCGUCCAAGGUGUUCCAGGACGGUGCCCGCGUCGCCGACCUGCCUGGAUACAUGGGCCUGGGUCACCUUCGGUACCCCACCGCUGGCAGCAGUGCCAACUCGGAAGCUCAGCCGUUCUACGUGAACAGCCCGUACGGCAUCUGCAUGACGCACAACGGCAACCUCAUCAACGCGCCCGCCCUCCGCCAGCGGCUCGACGAGCAAGCUCACCGACACAUCAACACAGAGAGUGACAGCGAGCUCAUGCUGAACAUCUUCGCCGACGAGCUCAACGAGACUGGCAAGGCCCGUAUCAACGCCAACGACUGUUUCGCGGCCUUGGAGCGCAUGUACAAGCUGUGCGUCGGUGGCUGGGCCUGCACCGCCAUGCUUGCUGGUUUCGGACUGAUUGGCUUCCGCGACCCCUACGGCAUUCGCCCCAUGGUGCUCGGUUCACGCCCGUCUGACACGGGCCACGGCUUCGACUACAUGAUGGCAUCGGAGAGCGUCGCUCUGGUACAAAACGGGUACAAGACAUUCCAGGACAUUCUGCCCGGUCAGGCCGUCAUCCUGGAGAAGGGCAAGGAGCCAGUCUUCCGGCAGGUGGCGAAGCAGGAGUCGUACACCCCCGACAUAUUCGAGUACGUGUACUUUGCCCGGCCCGACUCGGUCAUUGACGGCAUCGACGUCGACGAGAGUCGACGCAACAUGGGCUACACGCUCGCCGAGACGGUCAAGAAGCAGCUGGGUCAAAAGGUGCUCGACGAGAUCGAUGUCGUCAUGCCUAUCCCAGAGACCAGCAUCACAUCGACCGUCUGCGUUGCGGAGGCACUGGGCAAGCCGUACGUCGCCGGGUUCGUCAAGAACAGGUACAUUUUCCGCACCUUCAUCAUGCCGAACCAGAAGCUGCGCCAGAAGGGCGUGCGCGCCAAGCUCAACCCGAUGGUGCAGAAGUUCAAAGGCAAGAGCGUGCUCCUGGUCGACGACUCGAUUGUCCGCGGCACGACGUCUCGCGAGAUCGUCCUCAUGGCGCGCGAGGCCGGCGCUACCAAGGUGUACUUUGCGUCGUGCGCGCCGCCCAUCACCAACGCACACAUCUACGGCAUUGACCUCGCGUCGUCGUCAGAGCUGAUCGCGCACCAGCGCGACGCGGCAGCGAUUGCCGACCACAUUGGCGCGGACGGCGUCAUUUUCCAGACGUUGGAGGACCUCACGCGGGCGUGCGCAUCGCUCUCACCGCGGCAGACACAAACCUUUGAGGUGGGCGUCUUCUGCGGCAAGUACGUGACGCCCGUGGACGCGGGCUACUUUGCGCACAUUGACCGCAUCCGCGGCGAGCGGAAGCAGGCCAAGGCGCUGGACAGCGCGCGCGCGGCUGUGCUGCACGGCACGGCGGACCCGCAGCAGGUUCGCAUGGCGGCCAAGGGCGUCGAGGUCGAUCAGCACGGCAACGUCAUCCCGUCUGGUGAGAGUGGCAGUCCUGAGCCGCACCCUGAGAGCGCCAAUGGGGUGCAGAAGGGGACUGCGAAUGAUUUGUCGAAUCUCGAUGGCGGCGAGGGGGAUGGGCACGCCAAGGUGUCGAAUGGGAGUAGUCAGGAUAUCAGCCUGCAUAACCAGAACGACUACUAGACGGGUUGGCGGGUGAGUUUUAGACGGGAGUGAGUUCUCGACGGGUUGGCGGAUGAGUGAGUUCUCGACGGGUUGGCGGAUGAGUGAGGACUCGACGGGUUGGUGGAUGAGUGAGUACUAGACGGGUUGGUGGAUGACGGACGGCCAAGGUGUCGAGUGCAUCCGAUUCUCACUACUUUUUACGAGCGGAUGAAACGCCUCGCAUGAAUUACGAAAAAAGAAGGUUGGUCGGCGUCGGUGGGAUUUUAAGACAGGAUGAUUGGUUGGUUAGACAUGCUGCCGGGUAACUCGCUCAGGCAGCUUUAGACGGUCGCGCAUGGCGUGAGCUGGUAUGAAUGGAUCGAUUCGCAACGCAAGUAAUG